UAUAACCACACACACAAGACAAACAAGCACAAGAGCGCACUGUGCUUGUUGAAUUAAAUCGAAAUAGGCAAAAUGAGCAGCACUGCAAAGUUUCUUGCUAAGAGACCGGAUAGAGGCGGCGGUGUUGGGACAAACAAGAAUGCCAUACCAUUUAACAAGCAGGACUACAAGAGUCUGAAGCAUGAAUGUUUGGAGAAAAACACAUUGUUUUGUGAUCCGACUUUCCCUGCGGCUUCUGAGUCUCUGGGCUACGAGGAACUGGGACCGAAUUCCUCUAAGGUCCAAGGAGUGGAGUGGAAAAGACCAAAGGAGCUGUGUUCAAAACCCCAGUUUAUUGUAGAUGGUGCCAAGCGGACUGACAUCUGCCAAGGGGAAUUAGGUGACUGUUGGCUUCUGGCAGCCAUUGCCUCUCUGACACUGGAUAAAAACAUUUUGGAGCGUGUUGUCUGUCCUGAUCAGUGUCUCAAGCACGAUUACGCCGGCAUAUUUCACUUUAAGUUCUGGCAGUACGGUAAAUGGGUGGAUGUUGUCGUUGAUGACCAGCUGCCCACCAAAAAUGGAAAGCUGCUGUUUGUUCACUCAGCAGAGGGUUCAGAAUAUUGGAGCGCCUUGCUGGAGAAAGCCUAUGCAAAGCUCAACGGCUCGUAUGAAGCUCUGAUUGGCGGAUUCGCCACUGAGGGUUUUGAGGACUUUACAGGAGGUAUUGCUGAGAGCUAUGAGCUGAGUGAAGCACCUCCACAUCUGUUUAAGAUCAUUCAGAAAGCACUUGGGAUGGGAUCCCUGCUUGGCUGCUCCAUUAGUGCCAGUGAGAAUGAAUUGGAGGCGAUGACCAGCCUGAAGCUGGUGAAAAGACACGCAUACUCCCUUACUGGUGCAAAGGAGGUUCACUACAUGGGGCACAAGGUGCAGCUGGUUCGUAUAAGGAACCCGUGGGGUGAGGUGGAGUGGACAGGCCCGUGGAGCGAUAACUCCAAUGAAUGGAAUAAUGUCCCACAUACGGAGAAAGCUAAACUGAAUCAUUCAGCUGAGGAUGGAGAAUUCUGGAUGGCAUAUUCAGACUUUGUGAGGAAUUUCUCAUUGUUGGAGAUUUGUAAUCUGACUCCAGACACUUUGACCAGUAAAGAAGUGUGUCGCUGGAGCUACUGCCAGUUUGACGGCAACUGGAUAGUGGGAUCAACCGCAGGAGGCUGCCGCAAAUACAUGGAUACGUUCUCCACAAACCCUCAGUUUGUGAUCAAGCUUGAGGAUGUUGAUGAUGACCCUCAUGAUGGAGAAGAUGGUUGCACUUUGCUGGUGGGAUUGAUGCAGAAAGAUGGGCGUAAAGAUAAACGCAUUGGAAAGAACCUGAAUUGCAUUGGAUUUACUAUCUAUAGGGUUCCAGAUGAGUACAAGGAUCAAAAUGUUCAUCUCAGCCGAGACGUGCUGAUGCAUAACAAAAAGGUUGCAGAGAGCGAGUAUUUCACCGGCCGAGAGAUAAGCGAGCGCUUUAAGUUGCCUCCUGGAGAAUAUGUCAUCAUCCCCUCCACUUACGAGCCCAAAUGCCAGGGAAGUUUCAUACUGCGUGUGUUUACAGAGAAAGAGGCGGUCGCCAGGGCAUUGCACUUGAAGAAACACCAAUGCCAUUUACUGUAGUACACAUAUAACAUUUUUACAAAAUGCAUGUAAAAAUCCAUAGAAUGAAAAGUCCUGUAGGCUACUGUAUAUUUUACUAAGUCUGAAUGUCGAAUGUUGAUCAAUAAAAGACAAACCUAUUCAGAGAAAGACA